AUGGAGGCUCCCGGGCCGGCCGCGGCGGCCGCCGACUCCCGAGAGGGCCUGGGGGCCGCCCCCGACGGGGCGCCCGCGCGCGUCCCCGGCCCCGAGGCGCCGGCGCCCCAGCCGCCCGCCUACCGCCUGCAGGACUUCGACACGCUGGCCACCGUGGGCACGGGGACGUUCGGGCGCGUGCAGCUGGUCCGGGAGAAGAAGGCCAAGUGCUUCUUCGCGCUGAAGGUGAUGAGCAUCCCGGACGUCAUCCGCCUGAAGCAGGAGCAGCACGUGCACAAUGAGAAGUCCGUGCUGAAGGAAGUCAGCCACCCGUUCCUGGUCAAGCUGUUCUGGACAUGGCAUGACGAGCGCUUCCUGUACAUGCUGAUGGAGUUCGUGCCAGGGGGCGAGCUCUUCAGCUACCUGCGGAACCAGGGCCGAUUCUCCAGCACCACCGGGCUCUUCUACUCGGCGGAGAUCGUCUGUGCCAUCGAGUACCUGCACUCCAAGGAAAUCGUCUACAGGGACUUGAAGCCGGAGAACAUCCUUCUGGAUCGAGACGGUCACAUCAAGCUCACUGACUUCGGCUUCGCCAAGAAACUGGUGGACAAGACGUGGACCCUUUGCGGGACGCCCGAGUACCUGGCCCCGGAAGUCAUCCAGAGCAAGGGCCACGGGAGAGCGGUGGACUGGUGGGCGCUCGGCAUCCUGAUAUUUGAGAUGCUCUCCGGGUUCCCUCCGUUUUUUGAUGACAACGCCUUUGGCAUUUAUCAAAAAAUUCUUGCGGGCAAGAUAGAUUUCCCCAGACAUUUGGAUUUCAGUGUCAAAGACCUCAUCAGGAAAUUGCUUGUUGUCGACAGAACAAGGCGACUGGGAAACAUGAAGAACGGAGCAGAGGACGUGAAGCGACAUCGGUGGUUCCGGACCGUGGACUGGGAGGCUGUCCCACAGAGAAAACUGAAGCCCCCCAUCGUGCCCAAAGUGUGCAGUGAGGGCGAUACCUCCAACUUCGAAGCCUAUCCUGAGAACGACUGGAACACGGCCCCUCCGGUGUCGUCGAAAGACUUGGAAGUCUUCAAGAAUUUCUGAGGGCAAGAAUCCCCGUCUGGAAGAAACGGGACAAUUGGAGCCUGCCUGGGACAGGUGGCUGAGCCCGUGCAGAGCUGAAGAAAGGUCUUCACGGGACCAGGACAUUCCCACGUUUCUGGACGUGUGGAUGUGGACCAAGACGCUGCAGCCCUGUUGGCCUCCGUGCAUCUGUCAUCGUUUAAGCAACUGGAAAUCCACUGCACAGUAGGACGUUUAGAACAAUUGUUUGCUGGUUGAUUUUAUCUUCUGUUUCAGCUUUUGUGUUCCUACUGUGAUAGCUUGGUUUUUUUUUUUUUUUUUUUUCCUCAUAGACUUGACGUUACACGUUUGAGCUGAACUUGUUGAGAUACAACCACAAAUUGCGUGUGGGUGCGUGCGUGUGUGUGUCUGAAAAAGACAGUGUGAUUGGAGCACAGUUUGUCCAGUGUUUCUGCUUUCUAGAGGUUAUGGUUUUUAUGUUUCAGUAUUUUUUUUCAAGAAUCUAUUCUCUUGGGGACAAAAGUCUAAACAGUAUGAUGUGUGCAGUUCUGAAUCAUCUUAUACGCAUUUUAUGGUUCUACGUGAAGAAAAUAUUAUAUGUCGGUCUGUAUCCAACACCUUUAGUGCUUCGUGUCUGGAAACCUCGGGUCUUGAAACCAGAAAGAAAGGGAAGGGGAUGGGGGUUUCAAUUUUAGUACAAGACUCGCCAUUGACCAUGAACGUUAUUCAAGGAGUUUUUCUGUAUCACAUUGAAAAAAUGUCAUGCUCCGCAGAGGGACGGCUGCCUAUGAAAAAUGCCAGCUGAAGUCCCUCGCCUAGAACCCAUUUCCUAAAGCAUGACAAGUAGCUUUCCGAUUGGCUCAAUGAGCUUUCCCGCAAAGGUUCUCUUUUCCCUUCGGUUUUGGGAAAAGUGAGAAACGGAACAAAAAGCGAUGGAAACAUCUGAACCCCUGCUCAGUUUUCGGUUCUCCUUGGAACCGUUCAGCGUGAGUCCGUGUAACCACACGCUCUGGUUUCGUAGACCUGGUGGGCUUGUGCAGAGUGACCACUGACUGAGAUGUCUUUGUCUUUGGACCUGGUUCUGACGACGCUCCGGAGGUUUACUCCGCCGUGUCCUUCCCUGAGGAGUGACCCCACGGCGGCCGGCUGUUGAGUAGGCGUCUUCUCCAAGACAGGCCAUGAGUAGAGGUCCUUGGGGCUCGUGUGGUCUCCAGUUCAUUUCCUCCUCUACUCUUCUGCUCCUGCUUCCUGGUUCUAAACUUUGCUGUGAAAAUCUGCGGGUUCUGCGUGUUCUGGGUUGGCUCCGAGUGGCUGAGACCUGUUGUGCAUCCGGCCAUCGGACCCAACCGUCACCUCCCCGUGGGGUCUGGGCAUUCGAGGAGUGGCUUCCAGAGCCGUCAGGGCGCGCAGGGCUUCGCCCAGCAACUUCUUUCCUAUUCCUCUUCUCUCUUGCUCGGCCAAGGAAGGUCCAGCUCCUCCAGCAACCGGGAUGGGGGCAGCGUCUGCCGUGGAGGUGUGCUGGUAAAAAUGGUCUGGGGGACCCCGCAGCUGGCAGCCCGCUCCCAGGCCCGCGCCGCUCGGGUGCACUUGGCUCAGCGGCCGCUGAUUCGCCGGGCCGGGCCAGGAGGGUGCUUCAUCCCGCCGUCUUUGCCACGUCUCUUUCCUGCAGCCACGUCUCGGGGUGUGCGGAGCUGCCUUUUGGGAAAACCAUACAUUUUUUUUUUCUUAAGCAGCAAAAAUGUCAAAGGAGGUGCAGCCCCCUAUCAGAUUUGGCCAGAUUCCAUUACAAAUCAGAAGGGAAGGCCUGCCUGGAGGGUGAUGGGAAGACAAGUUACACCCAUAAAAGCUUUAAAUUGAGGGCACUAACCCCCCCCUUCUCAUUAAUGAGCAAUUCUUCAAAUACAAAUCAACUCUGUAGGUGAGAGUGAGUCCGCGAUUUAGUAAAACAAACUCUUUACAAUGAAUAACUCAAUAAAAAGUUAUUUCCAGAGGGCGCGGCUGGAUGAACGUCACCGUGGAACUGUGUUUUUUCAGCCUGUGCUUCUGAGUCGCCGUGCUGUUUGCAUUAAGCGGAGGCCCAGCACGGACUGAAAACCUCGGCACGCCAUUCCUGGGCUGUUUCCGUCCUUGGAUGUUAGGACGUUAAAUCAGCAAAGUGAACUCGGACUGAGACACCAGGUGCACGAGGGAAAAAGCCCCAGGCUCGUGUCCUCUGCCUCUAAAAGUAAAUCAGAAUGAUUAUUUUGGAGAGCCUUGGGCUUAAAAAAAUAGAAAAUAAAUGAAACACCUUCCUUGAACACAAUACCAAAUUGUACAGGACACCCGUUGCCCCCCAGACCUCUUUUUGGGUUUCAUUCUUCCUGUCCGGGGCUUCCUAUGUGCUUACAUGAAGCUAGUGGCAAGAAUGCACCACAGUGCAUUGCCUUAGUUUCAGACAGAUACGCUGGAGAAGCAAACUGCGAAUGCAUCAAUGUCUUUGUUCUCGGAAAACACAGGAAUCAGCCAUCAGGCAUGCAAAACAAACUGAAAUUCAAAAGGAUUUCCAAGAACGCCAGACGGCGUUCAGGUCCCCUUCAGGACACUCAGGUGCAUUUCAGCAUCCAAAGUGUGACCUGCCCGUGCGUGGCUGGGGUGAUGGGGCCGUAAAUUAAACGGUGUGAUAUAAUGCAAAAAAUUGGUGUGACCAAAACGUGUCUUAAACUCGUACAUCACUCACGACGUACAACUGGAGAAUAAUUUUUACUUGGUGGAAAUUCUGAAAUUUUCAUGUACGGGAUUGAAAAUGAUCAGCCUGCAGAGUUUUGAAGAAGAUUCGUGGAACUCAGCACAACCUUCAGAGCUGUCAAGUGAUAGAUUUAUUUUGUCCUAUGCAAUUUGACACGUUGGCAAUGGUUUCUUAAGUGAGGACGCUAUUUAAAAUGUCUGUAGGAAACGUGUACAUUGCAAGAGGUGGACGGAGUGUCGCCAGCCUGCCUUGUUAGGCACCUGUAAAGCCAAGAAGGAUGUAAAACCGCAGCUCGUCCUACAAGCGUAUCGUCCGCGGUCAUUGGCCGACGUCCAGUUCCUUCCCCGCCAGUGUCAGAACCCUUCUUAUCAACAAUGUGUCGUCUGCCGGCAAUGGGAAAAGUGUGAAGUCUGCUGUCGGUGACACACAACAUGCAAAAGAAGCCCCACCAGCCACAUUGGGGUGUCCGUGCCCCCAUCGCCACGAUGCUUGAAAACGCCACGCUCCAUUCCUGGUCCUGGGGCGGCCGCAGCAUCACACGUUUGUACGUGUCUCACACGGUGUCCUGUCUCAGUCUCUGCGUCAGGCCUCACCUGCUCCCGAUGGCAGAGUCCCCGGCAGCGCUCGGGUCGAGCGACAUGACUUUCAUUUGCCACUUCUACGUGCCGUUGACCCGCUUUACCUCUCGAUUUGGAACCACUGUAACCAGGAUCCACGGCUCCAUGCUGUCCGCUGACCACGCUGAGGGACCACUUUGUCGGCAGCCAGGACCACUCCCAAAUCCUCGCCCUGCCCUACGAGUGCAAGGAAGAUUGUCUGUUUUUUUCCCCUCAUCUCUGUGAUUUUGCAUCAGAAAAUGGACACCAUCCCAGAAGCCCUCAAUCGCCCAGUUGAGAUUUGAAAUGAGACGCCUGUGUUGUCCUUUUCCCAGUGGUCCGUCUACCCAGCGAGUAUUUCAGACCCGUUGGCCGCAUCCUACGUGCUGCACCAUGUGUCCCUGUUUCUGACUUAGCUAAUUCAACUUGAGUGGAUGUAACCAAAAACAGAAAAAAGCACAGGCAUAGUUGUCUUAAUAAUGUGUUUGAGUCGGGUGUGUGUGUGUGUGUGUGUGUGUGUGUGUGUCUUGGUGGAGGUGGAGCGUGGAGGGAUGUUUCCCCCAAGGACGACGUUUUGGUGUCAGGUUGGUUUUUGCAGACCCAGGGAGCAGCCCUUCGUGACAAAAGGGAAAUACCCCGUAACGGUUUCAUCUCAGCUGUGUUUCAAAACGUUCCGUUGAUCUGCUGUUUGAUCCGGUGGCCACCUCUGUGAUUUAAGUAAAAGUCAUUCAGGCUGUGUUUUCACACCUGGGAUUUGAAGCCUUUCGACUUCCAGGCUGUCUUGCUUCGGUCCCUCAGAUUGGUUCCCAGCUCUGCAAGGCGGUCGUGGCUUCCUUCUUUCCGGUGAGAAUGGACCCCCUUGAGCAGGUGCGGCACGUCCCCGGCGUGUCCCCCACCCGCAUCCCUGCCGGGUCAUCCCAGCUUCUCGUGUGCAUAAAACAAACAAAACAAAACAAAAAACAACAAGAACAAAAAGCCUGUUUCUAACCCUGUCAAUUCCUUGCACAAUGAAAAUCACUGUGAUUUGUAUAUAUAAAAUUUGACUGCUGUCUAAUUUAUGGAAUGAUACUAUGGAUUCCAAAUUUGUUUAAUAAACUUUGUAUCUUUGAAGAUAAA